CAAUUGUCACUGUCAAAUUCAAACUUCAAAAAUCUUUCAAUACAAGAUUCAAGUUUUGAAUAAGUUUGAUAUACUGAUUUAGUCUUUUUUUAUAUUCAAAAAGUGAAGAAGGAUGUGUGAAAAAUUCAAAGAGGGAGAAUUACUUAUACGCGAUGCCACCGUGAACGAUAUGCCUGCGGUCGUUAGUAUGAUCCAGGAGUUAGCUGAUUUUGAGAAGAUGUCUGAUGGUCCAAAACUGACAGUUGAAGAUCUCCAACGUGAUGGAUUUGAAGUGGAACCACCAGCAUUCAAGUGCAAGGUAGCUGAGUUACAGACUCCGUCUGAGGUUAUAGGCUAUGCCUUGUAUUUUCCUACAUACUCUACAUGGGAAGGCAAGGCUGUCAUGCUGGAAGACCUUUAUGUGUGCAAUAAGUACCGCCGGCGAGGCGUCGGCAAUGCGCUCUUCACUGCCACUGUAUUGGAUGCAGUAAAAAUGGGCUGCAAUAGGGUAGACUUUCAUGUGUUAGCGUGGAACCAGGCUCGCAAGUUCUAUGAAUCAAUUGGUGCAAAGAAUUUAACAGAGAGUGAGCAGUGGUGUUACUACCGGCUGUCUGGGGAUGCGCUUGCACUCGCCUCCAGUAAAACGAAGUUGCACAGUGCUUAGAUAUGUAUUUAGUAAUACUACAUAACUUUGUACACAUUCUUAAUACAUAACGAGAGACAACAACAUACAAUUAACUUUUGUAAAAUUGUUAACGGUUUGUGAACUCAUAAAAUAUACAGCAAAUAAUAUAAUAUACAUAUAUCUUUGUAAAUACAUAGCACUGUCCAAAUAAAAGCCGAAAUAUAAAAUUUCAAAUUAAAAGUAUAUUUCUAAAAUUUAAUAAUUGAUAUUUUUAUCAAAUUGUAAGUCAGUAGAUAUGUUAGUUACAAUUCUGUGAUAAUUCUGUGCAAUUAUUUGAAUAAAAUUUUUGUUAUAAA